CUUCACUAUCCAGCCCGGCUGCACGACCACGCCUCCCUUGUUACGCACAUCCUUCUCCUCCGCCCUACACACAACACACAACACUCACCUGCGCCGCCUGUGCAAUCGUCUCCCGGCCCUGAGAUCAAAUGUUCGUUCCGUCACCUUGCUCCUUGUCGCACACCUCAUGGGGCCCGAACGGCUUCAUUGCACAAUCCUGUCUGCUCUCCCAGGGCGCUUCCCGCUCCCGCUGUUCUGAAGUCAUGUUACGAGGCUCUUUGUGUCGCGCGUUUUCUUUCUGUGCGAGUGCGUGAAUUGAGACCGUUCAGUGCUCCGUUCGAUCAACACCAUGUCGAAACUCUUCAUUGGUGGCCUUGCCUGGCAUACCGAUGACGCCACUCUGCGCCAGAAGUUCGAGGAGUUUGGCCAGGUCGAGGAAGCCGUCGUCGUGAAGGAUCGCGAUACCGGCCGCAGCCGCGGGUUCGGCUUUGUUCGAUUUGCGCAAGAAUCCGAAGCCGACGCCGCCAUGCAGAACAUGAACAACGUCGAGUUCGAUGGACGCACGAUCCGCGUGGACAAAGCUUCUGAUCGUUCCGGAGGCGGUGCCCCCCGAGGCGGCGGCGGUGGCGGAGGCUACGGUCAGUACCGUGGAGGUUACGGCGGCCAGUCAGGUUAUGGAGGACGUGGCGGUGGCGGCUACGGCGGCGGCGGUGGUGCCUCUUGGGGCGCACCACAACAAGGCGGCGGAUAUCCACCGCGAGGCGGCUAUGGCCAGGGAUACGGAGGGCAGGAAGGAGGACAACAAGGCGGCGGCGGCCAGUGGUAGACGUCUUCUGCCAGCACUCACCAAGGGUCCAUCUCAACCGUCGACCAUUGACGGAUAUGCACGGGACAUGAUUCACUCUCGGCUCUGCAUACACGCUUGGUGAUUGCUCGGACUCUUCUAGACUUUGUCUUCAUACUCUAUCGGACUUUAAUUGGCGCUGGCGACUCAAUGAGCUUCUACGAUUCUUCUGGCAGGUCGGAUUGAAGAUUGCAACUUGGGUUGGUAACUGAUGAGAGGAUUGAUACCCCUAUCUUUGAUUCAGGGCGUACUGCUACCACGGUACCUGCGUUUGUGCUUGGUCAAGUUCCUUCAUCACUCAUUACAAAAAUUCAUCUCCCGUUUCCCUGUCACGUAAACACAUGGAAGGACGUAAGGCAUAGCAAUGUCCAUGCAAAUGUCACCAUCAUUGGC